GCUAUACGUGAUAAUUGUUAACAAAUGACCGACCGCAGUUAGGACAAAAUGAUCAUUGCAUAUAUUCUUGCCAGCUUGUUACUUAUUUUGCCAAACGAAUGUAAAAGAACCUGGCAGAAAUGUCCGCAUGGGGAGCAGGCAGUUUGCGGCAAUGACGGCAAUACAUACAAUAACAUCUGUGACUUGGAAACGGUACAAUAUUUUCGUACAAACCUCACUGUGAGAUACAUAGGUUCAUGUAACUAUUUGAUAGACACGUUAUUGAAAAUAUCAAUGCAACCAGAAACUAAGAAAAGUCUACGGAUUAGAUGGUCUAUUGGAUUUGGUGCUAAAUUUGGGUCUAAAAAAAAUAAAAUGAAGCUGGUCAACUAUAUGAUAAAUACACAAAAAAACAUAGGAGCUUUUCAAUUUAAACAUAAUAAUAUCAACACACAAGGAAACAACAAUAGAUUUGGAAUUGAUAUUUUGUAAUGUAAUAAAAAUAAAGUUAUCUAUGAUCUAUGACGAACAUUAAAAAUGAAAUCAAGUUAAGAACUAAGCAGGUUUUAACGUCCCAAAAUUUUGAUAUUAUU